AUGGCGCCAGUGACUUUGAAAACGGUCGAUGACGACCUCAAAGAUGUGAUCCAGCACUUAUUCGAGAUCCAAUCCGCCGUCCACGGCUAUCUGGGCCCAGAGACACAGCAAGAGCUUGUGCGAAAGAUCAAAAAUCUAACACUCGCCCUUUCGACCCUGUCAACACACACACAACUUUCGCCAACACAAGAAACCCAACUAGACACCAACACCGAUCCUUCUAACCCCUCCCUCGCCAGCAUCCAGCUCCCACCAGAGAUAAUCGAUUACGUCGACUCGGCGCGCAAUCCGGAUAUCUACACGCGAGAGUUCGUCGAGCUUGUGCAACGUGGUAAUCAGGACCUGCGCGGGAAGCGCGAGGCCUUUGCGAGCUUCCGCGACGUGCUGGCCCGCGAGAUGCGCAGCGCUAUGCCCGAAUGUCGCAGCGAGGUUGAUCGCGUGGUCGCUGCGACGGGUGGGGCGGUUGAUGGAUCCGGAGGUGUCGCUGAGGAUGCGGCUAUGUCUGGUAGUGGAAAUUGA